CGGAAGCUGCUUCCAAUCUUUUCAUCGCUGGUUGGUUUUGGCGCCGCCGCGCCGGGUUAUUUCAUUUUUGCGAAGGUGCCUCCACAAUCUUUCGCAAAAUCGCUCUUGCUCUCGAGCCAUCCAAAGAGUGUGGAUGCAUGAGGCGUAAUAGCUGUGUGCUCAUUAAAAUCUCAGUUAUUCAACUGUACCCACUCACAAAUUUGGACAGCAACUAGCUUGAUCAGUGGGUAGUAACGGAAGAAGAAACUGUCGUUUCCUUAUACAAACAAAAGUGUUCCUUCAAUAUCUAUCUUUCAUCACAAUGACAGAACCCUGCUCCCCCACUUCGACCAUUGCCUCUCCUCAAGCGGCGGCAGGCUUUAUGAUUUUUUCCGUCACGUCAAACGGAAAGGAUCCAAUGGCGUCGGCAGAACAGCAAGUACCCCCUGUCAUUAGUAUUACCUCCGCGAAAGAUGCCCCGGAAGAGCCUGUCAUUUCUCCUAGUAUCAGUGAGGACAAGGAUGACAAGGAGGAGGAGGAGGAAGAGCCACCCAUGAUGGCUCCCAGUAUCAGCAAAGAGGAUAAUGACACUUGUGUUCUUGCGACUCCCACUGCUAACAAGAGCAACAACAACAAAGAUGACGAAUUCAAAGAAGUCGUGGACUUGUGGGGUUUGACUUUGGAAGAAGAGCAGCAGCUGCAAGAGCUGCACGAUAGUGUCCAGGAUGUGGAUCAUCCGCAUGCCAAGGACUUUCAUACAUUGGUACGAUUCCUGACGGGACCUCAAGGACCCGCCAUGGCCGAGCCCAAUUUUCGCGAUAUGAUUCAAUGGAGACGCGACAAUCACGUCGAUGACAUGUUGCAAAACUACCAACCCGAUCCAUUUCUCGUCGAGUAUGCGUCUCCCAUGGCCUUUCUCAAAGACUACGACCGAGAAGGCGAUCCCAUUUACAUUGAAAGAGGAGCCGCCAUGGAUGCUCAAGGACUCUUGCAACGCUAUUCCCAAGAGGAUUUGAUGCGACAUGCCAUUUGGUUGCGAGAAGUCCAAAGCGAGGGAGACUGGGUCGAUGACUACGAACGCCGUCAAGGACAUGCCAUUAAAGAUAUUACCGUCGUUUACGAUCUGGAGGGUCUCAACCCCAAACAUUACACUCCACACGUCUUGGCAUGGUUCCAGAGUCAUGUCCAAAUGACGGACGAUUACUACCCCGGCCCCAUCAAACGCAUCAUUGUCAUUCGAGCUCCGGCCGUAUUUCGCGUCAUGUGGAACACGGUCAAGUUCUUCAUGCCGCGCGGUAUGCGGGAUAUGAUGGUCUUUACCAACCAACACAAUUAUUUGCAAGUCCUCGACAAGUAUCUCGACGUGGAUGUACUGCCGCCGUGUAUCAACCCAAACGGCAAGGGAGAAACCGCCAUGGGCAUGCCCAAGAGCCUAGUGGCGGGAAAGAUUCCGGAGCAUAUUGGAGUGGGCGGGGAAGGACAUUUACAGAGUGAGGCUGCCACGAUACAACCCGUGCCAGCACUGCCACUCAAAAAGCAACCGUCUCAUGGCACGGUGGAAACGUGCUCGGAUACGGGGAGUGUCUUGGACGACGACGAAGCCGACAUGCUGGAUGAUGACAGGUACACUUCGUGGGAACAAGAAACACCCGAACAGCACUUUGGCGAAAACUGGGAAGAGGUUGUCUUUUCGGAAAGCCACCAUCAUCAAACCACACAAGUACACGUCUUUUGGCAAGAAACAACUGGGGUCGAAGUGUCCCACAAAUUGGUGGACAGCGACCGUCAGAAACUCAUCUUUAUAUGAUAGCCAAGAACGGUACCGGUCGCCACAACCAAGUGCAUUGAUUCAAUGACAAGAAACAACCUACACAGACAAUAUUCUUGAACAGCAGUCCUUGACGCUCUGCUCUUCAAAACGACAAACGCAACAAGUUGCAGUGUUUGUUUGUCUGGCGGCACUUGCAAUGUGCCGCCCAUGUUCCUUUAUACACCACACCCCUUCCAUGUUGAGACUCUAUGUCCUUGUAUUAUAUGUUACUGCAUUUCAUGUUGCAACGUUAACCUGCUCUUAUCCAUACACGUACGAAUGAGCCCUUGAAACUCAUCAAUCCACCAUGAGGUUACGCUCUACAUUAGAAACCGUUUUAAAUCCCAAGCAUUAGACACAUAGCGAUAACAAUAGUAUCCCACGAACGGUACCCAGAAUAGCCAACACUCUCAGGUCUUAAUAAUAUUCUAAUAGUACCGGUAGGUUCUUAUAGAAAGGAGCCAGCCUAGAAAUAUAUUUUUAAUCUUGUGCGCUAGCUUUCGCAUGGAAUCCCAUCAAUACUCUAUC